AUGCGUUGUUCAUUCCAAUUUUUACUACGUCGUUUAUUGCAUUCACAUUUAGUCGAAGUUAUUCUAUGUUUACAGACAUUCUAUUAUUGUUUGGCUGCAUCUAUUGCUCAAUAUAUUUAUAAUUAUUAUCUUACAUCAUACAUUCCAACAACAGGUAGUCUACCUCAUACAACUUCACUACCAAAACAGAAUGAUUUUGGUCAAUGUAAAGAUCAAUCUAGUUCAGCACCAUCUCAGCAAUGGGCUCAAGAACAAUCUUCAAAUCUAUUUUUCUAUCAAACAGUAGCAGCAAGUAUACCUACUAUUGUUAUGACAUAUAUAUUAGGAUUAUAUACACAUGAACUUGGUAGAAAAUUUGUUCUUAUUUUAACUAUGUUCGGUAAUGUUUUUCAAUAUUUGAUUUGGUUAUUAAUUAUUUACUAUCGAUUACCCGAUUAUUGGUGGUAUAUAGCUGCAUUUACAUCAAGUUUAGUUGGUGGUGGUAAUGUUUCAAGUUUUAUUCUUAAUUUAAUCAUUACUGAUAGUACAGAAGAAUCAGAAAGAACAUCAAAAUUUCUUCGUAUUGGUGCUCUAUGUACAGCUGUUGGUGCUCUAGCUUCAUUUCUUAUUGGAUUUUGGAUUGAAUAUCGUGGCUAUCUUGAACUUUAUUGGACAGCAUUAUUUGUUCAAUUAUUAACAAUAGUAAUUGUCUAUCGUUAUAUGAAAUCACACACAUUUGUACCUGUCAUAUCACAAAAUUCAUCUAAUCAUAAUAAAACUACAAAUAUAAAUAGUAAAUGUAAUCAAUUAAUAGAAAUAUGUACAGUGUUUUCACCAAGACAUACAUAUCGUUCACGAAAACGCUCACUUAGUUUAAUUAUUACACUUAUAGCAUUUACUUUUCAUUGUCUAGCAUCAUUAGCAUUUGGUGUUCCAUUUCUAUGGUUCCAAUUGAAUUAUCCAUUUUGUUGGUCAGCUAAAGACAUUGGGUAUUAUAAUACAAUAUCAUCUAUUGUUUGGUGUAUUGGUGGUAUUAUUGGAAUGAAAGUUUUGACUUCAAUACGUUAUAGUGAUGCUACUAUCUGUUGUAUAUCACAUAUAUUUUUUAUUUUAUCAGCUUUAUGGACAUCUCAAGCAUAUUAUACUUGGCAAUUAUAUGCAGGUUUAUUAAUAUCACCAUUUACAACAUAUCAAGGUUCAUUAACAUAUUCGAUUAUAUCAAAAUGGUUAGAACCAAAUGAAAUCAAUAAUGCUUUUACAUUUGUAACUGAAAUCAAUACAAUUUUAAAUGUAUUUGGAAAUUCAUUUUUCAAUUAUUUAUAUUCGAUUACAGUUAGUUAUUCAAGAAAUUUUACAUUAUUAUUAGCAGCUGGACUUGGAAUUAUUCCAUUUAUUCUUAAUUGUAUCUUAUAUUUCGUAACUAAAAACAUUCCUGAUGAAAGUGAUGAUCGUGUUACAGAAUGUAAACCAAUAUUGAUACCAGAUCAUUUACCAAUAAGAGUACCGGUAGGUACUGAAACGAUUCUCUUACCAGCAAGUACUGUGAGAAAAAUAAUAAAAACUCAACAGAUCUGA